UGUAGGAUCAGGGCUGUUCUGCAUUGUACUCAAGUGUGCUCCUGAAGCUUUAUUGGUUGGUUUCUCACUCACAGGCCGACAGUGUGUGGAUGGAAAUGGACGACCAGGACGACAUGCCCACAGCUGAUGAACUGGAACAGUGGGUCGAGGAUGCCGACAGUGUGUGGAUGGAAAUGGACGACCAGGACGACAUGCCCACAGCUGCUGCACUGGAACAGUGGGUUGAGGAUGUGCUGUCCGGUAAAAUAGACCCAGAUAUGGAUGAUGAUGAUGAUGAUGACGAUGAUGAUGAUGAUGAUGAUGAUGAUGAUGAUGAUGAUGAUGAUGAUGAUGAUGACGAUGACGAUGAUGAUGACGUUGUUGUCUAAAUGUUCACCAUCUCAAAUUUCUAAAUUGCCAAUCCUCUCGUUUGUGUGGCCUCACAACAAGAGAAACAAUAGUGACUUUCGAUAGCACACUGUUUUUGUCGUGUAGCUGGAUAUUUUAAGGGACACUGGAAAAUCGGUAACUUCUACCGCUAAAGUGUCGGGUUAAAAUGUACCCACACGUUUAUGCCCUUUGUUCGUUUUCUACAUCAAUCCAACUGGCCUAUGAUUACAAGCUAAGUUCAGUCGAAGAACCCACAUCAACUCUAUAACUUAAUUUAGUCCAAUUCGGUUAACCAACACAUCAUUCACGACCAGAUGGAGUGAGAAGAUACAAAGUACAGUAAUAUUUUCUAAACAUAGCUGGACAUGGUCUUAAAUUAAGUAGGAGACCACU